CAGUUCUGUUUCCAAACUGUUGGUAAAAGUAACAAGUUCAUCUCUUAACUACAAUAACAAACUCGUGAGAUUCUCUUGCCUCCUUUCUUUCCUUGCAAAGAUUUCUGUCUCCUUUCAAUAAUAAUUGCUCUCUUUCUCUUCCUCUUCCUCUCUUUCCCAUGAAGUGUUUCACAGUAUUUGGAUAUCUACAAGGAAUAGCGACUUCAAAUGCAACGUGGGUUUGGGAUUGCAUUUCCAGUUCUAAAUUAAAUUAAGAACAAGGAACACUAGGUUGGCUCUCUGUCUCCUUCUCUCAUGGUUUACGUCUCUCCUAGCCUGUCAUUUUUAUGUCAUUUCUGCUAAAAAGAGCCAGGUUUCAUUGUCAUGGAUAGUAAGACCUCAUCCUCUUCAGUAAAUGGUCCUCGAGAACCUUCCAUUCACGAGGAACUUCUGAUGCAGCAGAGCUUGCUCUUUUCUGAUACUCUCAAGGACUUGAAGAACCUUAGGAAGCAGCUAUACUCAGCAGCAGAUUAUUUUGAAUUAGCUUACAACAAAGAAGACCAGAAACAAAUAGUGGUGGAGAACUUGAAAGACUACGCCAUCAAAGCUUUGAUCAAUACUGUUGACCACUUGGGUUCUGUAGCAUACAAAGUUGACAGAUUUUUAGAUCAAAAGAUUGAUGAAGUUUCAGGAAUGGAGCUUCGAUUCUCUUGCUCCGAACAGAGACUGGAAGCAUGCCAAAAAUAUAUCAACCAAGGUGGCCUUUCUCAACAAUCACUGGUAAUAAAAACUCCCUACCACUACAAGCGGUACAUUUUUCCAGUCGACGAGGAGACCAUGGAUUCAUUUAGCCAUGCUAAACCAGAUCAUGAUAGUAGAAAUCUUAGCACUGAACACAACUUGCUUGAGUUUAAAAAUGCUGCUCAAGCGUCAAUCGAAGGAACCCCUUCCUCUUUCUUCAGAGAGAGGCAUUCUGAAUUACGUUCUCCACAAUUCUACUCGGGACAGGGAACAUUUACAUUCACAAGGACUUCAACCAACAACAAACCUGAGAAAAGAUCAUCCUCUCCGCAACGCUCUCCGAUCAUACGUUCUGGAUCUCUUCUUAAGAGACCAAUAUCUCCUAAUUAUGCUAAUGCACUACGAAGGUAUCCAUCGGAGCCUCGGAGAUCUGUUUCAUUGUCCAUGUAUUCGGAAAGAGACAUGGCAAAGGAUAGUGAUCAACAAUAUUCUGCCAAGAGCAAACGCCUGUUUAAGGCCUUGCUCAGCAUGCGCAAGUCCAGAAAGGAAGGCUCACUGUUUACUUGCUUGGAUCAGAUUUGAAACAGCAAAAUAAAUGGAGAUCAAGCAUGGUAGGAAACAAUAGAGAGACUAUUUGUAGUUUCUGGUUGAUAAUACGUAUCCUUCUUUUGGUUUAAGAUUUAAUUUCUCUAUGGAAAUGAGGGGAUUUCAACA